UGAUAUUCCAAACGAUCCGUGGCAUGGCCGAUAAUCCAUAGCUAGGCUGCUGCCACCGUAACACACUCGUCGAUCACAAUGAGGCCGUCAUUCCAGGCGACAAUUGUGAGCAAUGGACGACGCGUGGGCUACGCAACCCGUGCCUCGCCUAAACGGAUGUACAAUGUAAACGCGUAACGAACGAUAUUGUCGACGCGUUCAACUAAUUCGUCGUCGUCUCUCUCUCUCUCCCUCUCCCUCUGUCCGACGAACGAACGGGAAAGGAAAGAGACGAUCGCGAAGGUCGCGAUGACAGGUAUCUUCCAGCUGACCAUCCGACCGUCUUCGAAUCGGUUUAGGUUAGCUCUAUCGCACUUUGUCUCGUUCGACUUCACCCUGGUGUCAAGACGGUUUAUCGAUCGUCCAGUCAACCCUGAAUUCCAUUAGGAGACAAAUACCUGGCGUAACGAUUGUUUAUCUCUCGAAUCGCGUAGCGCGACACAAGGUUGGGUGUCGACGUUAAAAAACGGAUCGGUGAAACGGAUGCAACGCGGAUCUGAAUCGGAGCAGGCGAGCUGUUAGGCACGGGUGGGCUGCGAGGCGUUAAGCGCGACUCGUGUGUCGCCGUAAUGCUGAUAAGCCAAGAUACAACCACAGCCACGCGUCUAGUCCGCAGAGAAUGUUUGGCGUGUCCUGUGCCCCGCCCUUGGGGUUGGCGGGAGCAAUAGACCCGACAGCGUAGACAAUGCCCCUAUAAAAGCACCUUCGAGCCAGCUCGAUGUCAGCACAUCCAGCACUCCAGUCAUCGAAGCAACGCUUCCGACACAGUUCACCGGCAAAUCGAACCCCUCUUCGACUUUCAACCAUGUGCACCCUGGUAGCGGUCUUCCUCGCGGCAGUCGUCUCGGUGGUGGCAGCGGCGCCCUCCGGUCUAUUGGCACCCGGUGCUGCUCUCGCUGGACCGAUCUUGGGUCCUGCUGCCCUUAGCGGACCCAUCCUAGGACCGUCGGCCCUUGCCGGACCGGUAGUUGGCCCAGCUCGUCUUUCCGGAGCCGUCGAUGGCGGAGCCGUGGUCACCGGAGCCGUCGCUGGCCCUUCGAUCGUUUCCGGCAGCGUCGCUGGGCACGGAGGCUGGCCUGCCCUCGCUGCUCCCGCCGUUCUGCCACCUUGGGGAGCGGUAUUGUCCGGUCCAGUGUCACCUGCUGCGGCUCUAGCUGGACCCAUCACCGCCCCGGCGCUCAUUGCUGGACCAUCCGGUAGUAUAGCGGCUGGACCAGCCGGAGUCGGUGGUAUCGUUCGCGCGGACGGACACUGGUAAUUCACCCCGUGCUGGACCUCCAUCCCCAACGACAUCCUCGACUGAUCUCCGCCGAUGCCUGCCAUUUUUUAAACCGACCGCGCCACGAUCUCCCUCAUUUACCGCUAGUACCUCCAUCGUUUUAUCUUCUACAUGUAUUCUGUGUACAUAACAAUGUUUCGUAUAUGAUAUUAUAUGUUAUAAUAAACGCAUGCCACUUUGGAGAGGAAAUUGUUUUGUUAUUACGAUAUUAAUUAUUACGCAAUUCGCUCCUUUAACCUUUCUGCAUCGUUUCAUCGAAUCGAUGCCGUCGUUUAAACAUAAAUCGCGACAGAAACGAGCGAAUGAACUUUUCACUCUUUUUAUACAACGCACGUAAAGAGCAUCUCGCAAUCGUUUGCGUCUGUUAGGUAGUUUGACAAUCAUUAAAACGCUGUAAAACGGUUGAUUAUUAUUACUCGGCGAACAAUGCCCGAAGGAUAUAAUUAAGACAAAGUAAUAUAAUAAUUAAGAUUCACGGGCAAACGCUGUGCCGCGAAUUUCAA